AUGGCUGAAAGUUUGGAAAAAAAUAUUAUAAAAAGUAAUAAAAGCAAUCCCAAGCUGGCAUAUGAGAACUACUUUUACAAUUAUGUGAAAAUUUCAGUCGGAAGAAUUAUGUGGAGAUGCAACAAACGAGGAUGUUGCUCAAUAUUAAAAACAACUUUAAAUUAUGUGUUUACAGAACUAAGUAU